AUGAGCUUACAAAGGCCAAAGAGGACUAAAUUUAACAUGUGGAAGGCAAUAAUAAAUAAGAAGAGAAAAUACAGUGAUGUCCUUCCGUGUGAUCCGGACGCUUACGCCGCCCUGUCGGCGAUGAAAGGAGGUAAUGCCGCGACACUACCGCCAUCUCUGGAUGCAUUACGAGCAUGUAAGUAUUGCCACUAUUGCCCACUAGAUAGCGCUCUCAACGCUUUGUUUAAAGUAAUAAUAUACUUGGCUUCAAUAAAAUAA